AUGACCUAUCAUAAAUAUGUUGUUACAGCACAAAAACCAACAGCCACACAAUUUGCAGUGAAAGGAUCAUUUACUUCUUCAUUCGAAACCAAUCUCAUUUUAGGAAAAGGAAAUCGUAUUGAAAUCUAUACAUUAAAUCCAAACGGAUUAAAGCCUACAAUAGAAUUUAGCAUUUAUGGAACCAUUAUUGCAUUAGAACUAUUUAAACCAAAAAAUCAAGCACAGUCAUGGCUUCUACUCACCACUGCACGACAUAAAUACUGUAUAUUAUCUUACAACGCUUCACAACAGCAAAUAGUAACCGAAGGUACAGGCGAUAUUCGAUUCCCUGGUCAACUACACAACGAAACAAGCAAUGUCAUUACUGCCCUGGAUCCUGCUUGUCAGUACAUUGCAACCACCCUUUAUGAGUCUACAGUGACUUUGAUUAUACCAGAAAUAGCUGUACAACUACCGCAGAAACAGCAACAACAACAACAAAGAAAAAUAUCACUAAGACUCAAAGAAGGCAAAAGACGACAGGUUGAGAUUAUACAGCCUCAUACACAAGAUUACAUCAACAUUAGCCUUUUUGAUAAACAGAUCGUGUCGUUGGCCUUCUUACAGGACUCAGUAGAACCAGCACUGCUUAUACUUUAUGAUGAUGCACGAGAACAGCGGUUUCUUCAAUUAUUCGAGAUCAAGGACCAUCAACUUGUUCCAGGAGAUAUCGUCCUUGACCACUUUGAAUCAGACGCUAAUCUGCUCAUUGCUCUACCUGCUGGUGUGGGCGGAGCCAUUCUGGUAGCAAAUCAGUUCAUACGGUACCUUAAGCUAGAUCAACCACCCAUUGCAAUUGGCAUCAGACCAUCCACUAUCAAUAGCUAUACAGUGAUGGACGAGACAGGAACUCGUGUCUUGUUGGGUGAUGCAGAAGGGCUGCUCUACUUGCUCACACUCAAUUCAGUGGCAAACCGCGUUGAAUCUCUUUCGUUUAUCAGUCUUGGAAAGAUAUCAAUCCCAUCCUGUCUUCAAUAUUUGGAUAAUGAUGUCGUCUUUGUAGGAUCUACCGUGGGCGAUUCACAGCUGAUACAUAUUCAGCGAACAGCAUCUUCAGAGGGUGGAGAUAUUCUACAAGUGAUUGAAGAAUUUGCUAAUCUAGGACCGAUCGUUGAUUUUUGCGUGGCUGAUCUUGACAAACAGGGACAAGCCCAGAUUAUUACGUGUUCAGGGGCGGGUAAGGAUAGUUCUCUGAGAGUGAUUCGAAACGGUGUUGGGCUGAAUGAGCUCGCGAUGAUACCUGUCAGUGGUGUGCAGGGCAUAUGGGCACUUCAAUCAUCAUUUGAAAAGAGUCAUAAUCUCUUGCUUCUCUCAUUUUUCAAUCAAGGACGACUAUUGCAGCUGCAAUCCAACAACAUGAUCAUUCAACUAGACUCGUACUCAGCCAUCGAUCUUGAUUCAAAAACGAUUGCUGCCGGUAAUAUCAAGGAAGGCAAGAUGAUUCAGGUGACACCUCGCAGCGUACGAUUAAUGGAUGCGCAUCCUGCAGGAUCACUACGAGAUGAAUGGAUACCUGAUGGUACUAUCACGGUAGCCAGUAUCAAUCUGACACAAUGCGUUGUUUCUUUGGGGUAUGGAAUUUUAGUUGCGCUACAAGUCGUGAAUAACACAUUACAAGUUAUCGGUGAAACCCAGUUUCCUUAUGAAAUCUCAUGCAUCGAUAUUCACCCAAUUCAGUCUGCCACUGAAUCUGCGUUUGUGGCUAUAGGCACUUGGAACAACGUGAGUGUAUGCCUGUUGAAACUACCUGAUCUUGAAGUGGUGGCACAAGAGAGCAUUGGAGGCACGGUCAUGCCACGAUCCAUUCUGAUCUCUCAAUUUGAAAAUACGAAUUACCUACUUGUGGCCCUUGGUGACGGUCAAUUUUAUAAUUUCAAGUUGGACGGUAGAGAGGGCACCUUGUCGGACAAAAAGCGAACCUUUCUUGGUAAAUGGCCGAUCCACUUGACGACGUUUACCCUCAAUGGCAUCACUCAUGUCUUUGCUGCAUCGGAUAAGCCAAGCGUGAUUCACAGUCGGAACCAGAAACUGGUCUACUCAAACGUAAAUCUAAAAGAAGUACGGUGCGGCACAUCCUUCAGCUGUCAUUCGUUUCCAGAUGCGAUCGCGUUGAUCACAAAGGAAGGCCUGGUGAUCGGCCGGAUGGAGGAAAUUCAGAAACUGCAUGUUACCAAGAUAUCCACGAUUGACACGCCUAGGCGUAUUGCAUAUCAAGAAAGUUCUAAAUCCUUUGGUAUAAUUACCGAAAGAAUCUCAAGCGCUGAAUAUGACGCAUCUACCGUGACUGGAGGGUUCGAGGUUUUGGAUGAUCAAUCGUUGACAGUGCUUGAUCGUGUCUACUUUAAGCAGUUUGAAAGACCAUUGUCGCUUACAACUGUCGUUUUUGAAAAUGACCCAAAUGAAUAUUAUGUGGUAGCAACUGGAAAAGACGUGGACGUGUUUGAGCAUCAGAGUGUGGGCCGAAUCCUUGUGCUUCAGUACACAUCCGAUCGCUCAUCAUUACGCCUUGUAAGUCAACUGAAAACCGAGGGUAUGGUAGACUGUGUACGUGCGUUUGAAGGUAAACUGCUAGCAAGCGUCAAAGGCAGACUUCACGUCUAUCGGUGGGAACGCACAUUGUCCGGGGGUCAGUUGGUAUCGAUCAGCUCAAAACGAUUGCCUUCUGUUACAGAGUGCAUCACAACCCAUGGCGAUUAUAUUAUGACUGGCGAUUUGGUCUACUCGGUUGUGAUGUUUCAAUUUGACCGAUCCACACAGCAGUUGGUAGAAGUAGCUGCUCACGAAAAGGUGAAGGAGGUAUUGGCGAUUGAAUCGAUUGAUGAAAAUUUGAUGAUUGGUGCAGAGAAGGAUGGACAUUUGUUUGUCCUAGAGCACUGUCAGGAUGAGGCUUCGGCAGAUGAACCAUUAUUAGAUAUGAUCAGUGGGUGGCAUUUGGGCGACAUGGUGAGUCGGUUUAGAUUUGGCUCACUUGGAAUGAACAAUGUGGAUCCUGACAGUAGUCCAGUCGCGCCGUCCCUUAUUUUUGGUACAUCCAGUGGAGCAAUAGGAGUUGUAGCGGACCUAUCUGCAGAACGGUUCAAGUUGUUGAACCAGAUGCAAUAUAAUAUGACUAAAGCAGUGAAAAGUAUAGGCGGCCUGAGUCAUGCAGAAUGGAGAAAUGUGAAUAUUAUGGGUCGAAAAGAAGAAGCGAUUAACUUUAUCGAUGGUGAUCUGAUUGAAAGCUUUUUGGAUUUAUCGUCAUAUCAAAUGCAAAGUGUAGUUGAUGGCCUACAUGGCGGACGUAAAUUGGAUGUGACAGUAGAAGAUCUUUGUAAAGUGGUUGAAGAAUUGAUGAGCAUUCAUUCAUAA